GUGCAACUUGGUGGACAUCACCAUGUUCAUUUAAAUGCGUGAGAAAUACAAUGUGUGGCGUGUGAGCGUGUGAACGGGUGGGAAUGCGUGUGUCACACGCUGAAUGCGUGAGACUUGAGAGCCCUGCAAAGAUCUCCCGGGACAACCUAACUUUUGCAGCAGUUGUGGGAAAAGGCUGCAAGAAGCGGACGGUGACAGUCCAUCAAGUAAGUUAAGGGAUGUUCAAUUAAUGUGUUCUGCUACUUGUGGGAGUUGAGACAUUACAGUAGCAGCGUUAAUUUGCGUCCCUUUCCUUCCCCUGCUCAAGCACCGGCUCCACGGCGGGAUGUCGGAAAGGCGGUUGCCCCCCCUGCGUGACGUAAUUGACCAUAUUAAUAUCUCAAAAUGUAAAUCAGCACAAACGAAAAUGUUUGCGGCACGAACAUUUUCGUGCAACACUAUUUUGAGCUAAUUUCAACAAUAUGUGGGGACUGCUUUACUGCCUUGACCACUGCAAUAAUGUUCGAUAACUCAAAAACUAAAGCAGCACAAACGAACAUUUUUGCAGCACAAACCUGCAUAAACGAUGCACAAAUGAUUACAAGACUUGGUGUUUUCAAAGUUUUUAAACACAGUGACUAAAGAAACAUCAGUGGCCACGUUUUUGUAAUUAGUCAUGGUUCUCAAAGUUAAUUAUUUGUUGUUAUUAUUAAUGCUGUUCUAUUAAGGUUAAAGCACCAUAUAAAAGUAACCCAUUAGUAAAAUAUCCCGUGCGGUUCUCCUCCUCUGAUCAUAGCGGCAUCCUUAGCAGCAUUCUGUUACACAGAAAUAAGUGACCCAAAAUUUUACAAUAUUUUUUUCUUUGUUUUCCUGUAGCAUCACAGACUAUUCAAACCCCUACCCUUCAGACCUUUCUGGAGUACAGAAAGAAGAAAGCAGAGGAGAGGCAAAAGUUUUCAUGUGGGAAAAAGGCAGCAAAGAAACCAGAGAAAGUCCAGGCAAGUUGGGUGUGGCUCAGAGCGAGAGUGGGCAAACUAUCUUACAGACUAUCUUUUGACAUUCUCCAUCAUCUCACUUCUCUUAAACUAAGCCUGAUGGCAGGCACAGUUUCAUGUUAACUGUAUAUGACAUAUGAUGACAUAUAUUUUAGCUUGGCUUUGGUGCCACAACCCAUGGUAGUCAGACAAUUUCUCUGACUGUUCUGUGUUAACUUUGUAUAUAUUUGCUAGUUUCUGUCCAUAAUGUAUAAUUAACUGCGGCAUGCAAAUAUACAUUAUAUUACCAAUUAACUGUCAAUUGAUAUUUAACAUGACCCACUAACAGUCCACUUUUUAAAAAAAUCUUGCAGAUAAAUGUUGGUCUGAUGAGCAUGGUGAAGGGAGGUGGUCUCAAGCCACUGCGUGGGAGAAGUCUGUGCCUUUCCACACAUCCUGACGUCACUGCCCCAGAUCUGCUUGAUCAGGCUGUGAAAAAAAUGAAGGACUUCAAUAAGGACCUCAAUGAUGGACCUUUCAUCCUUCUUUAUCCAGAUUGCUCUGAAGUGGUCAAUGUACCUGGCACAGAGACACCAUUUAUGUUAAAGACAUACAAGGAGGAAAUUGGCAAACCAUAUCAGUGCAUCACCAUUUACAUCUGCUCCAAAACCAACUUUGAGGAAGGUAAAUUGUGUUAUGUCCUAGUUGUGUCCAGUGCAAAGAUGCCUGGCUGUGUUAUAUAGAUUUUGAUGUAGACACUGGGUUUUAAAAAGAUGAGAUGUUUUAAUGGCUUACCCUCACUUUUGGAUUAGCAGUUAUGAAUUUUCACCGAAGCUGUCAUGUGAAAUAGGUCCUUGGAUUUUGUUCGUCUUUCCUCAAUGUGUUUUCAGCAUUCAAUGUUCAUGCUCAGUUAACCAGCUUGGAGUUAAAAAAGCAUUUUCUCUAUGUUUUAGCUUCUUCUCAAGCAUUUAUCAUUCAAUUGAUCUUAGUUUUGUUUAAUGUUUUGCAGUUGGAAAAUUGUCUGCCACAUGUGACACUGACUCUGACCCUGAGAUUGUUAUAAAGAGAAAUACAAUGUUUGAUCUAGCUGAUACACUGGUAAGUGCAAUUUUUACCCUAUUUGGGUGACCAUUUACUGGUACUAAACAAAUAUUUGUCUUUACCACAGCCAUUUGAACCUUAUAACAUGAGCAGUCCUGUACACAAUGAGCCUGAAGAUCUGUAAGUACUUACGGUGUGUAUGUGUGUGUGUGUGUGUGUUUGAUGUUUGCUUGCUUUUGUAAUGUCACAUCUAUAUUUUGUAGUAAAUUAUGAUUUCUGCUUCUAUGCCCUCUCAGGAACAGUGCUAGGGGGCUUUCAUUGUCUUCUGAUCUGCCACAGGUAAUGAGUUUUUAAAAUGAAGUUUGUGUAGGGAUCACUAGGUCAAAGAUUUUAAAAAUUGUUGAUGGGCCACAAAAUUGAAAUUAGUGCACCAAUUUUUAAAGCUGUGUUUUUUUAGUUGUCAUUUAUGUCCUUGAGCACUCAUGAGGAGCUGUCUUUAUUUGCUCAAAUAUUUAGCAUAUUUCUACAUUUCUAUAUUUCUUCUUUCUUUUCAGACCAUAGUCUUGGAUAAUGACCACGACUAUGCUGGUCCCUCUGGAUGUCAUGAUGUCAAGAGUUCAUGUUACAGGUGUGUUAUAUCUUAUCUUUAUUGUCAAAUGGUGGACAGAAUAUUUGUGACGCAGCCACAAAGGUGUUGACUCGGAAAUAAACACAUUUCUGUCCUGACAAGGAUAAGGUCUUAUGUUUAAAGCAGAAGAAUUGGUCAACCAUUUGAUAGGGCAAAUGUCUGCAUUUCUGAAUUUAUUAGUGCUUUGAAUUGUUGAUGUUCUGCGCAAAUAAUAUCUUCCUUUUUCAGAACUUACACUGACCUCUUUGGACCUAUCAUCAUUGAUGAUGAUGAUGAGGAUGAAGUUCCCAUUCCUGACAAAACAAAUGACAUGGCUUCUGAAGAAUUUGAGUGAGUCAUAGACAUUAGAAAAUUAACCAGCUGUGUGUUUUCCAUAAAAUUACAUCAUUCAAAAGUGAGAAGUCACUAAAAUGAACACCUCAGACUUUCCCUGCCUGUAACUGCCUGCCUCAGGUCCAGUUGUUAAGAUGUGUGUUUGAGUAGAGUCCAUUGAAAAGAAGUUAUUAAAUUAAAUGUGCUCAUUGUUUCAGAGAGUGACUCAGCAGCAUCUCUUGUACAUAGAUCAACAUUUAAGUAUAUUUUAGAGUGUAAAGUAAGUGUCUUACUUUUUUCUUUUCUUAAGACCUACAAGUGUGCAGGCAGCAGAAGUAAUUGCAAAUCUGGCACUUGCAAUUGACCACAAGAAAGUCAGCCGGUUCAAUAUAUCAAGAGCUGAUGUGUGGGAUGGAGCUGUGCGCGGAUUUCGACGCAGCACAUACUCCGAAUCCAGUGACAUCUUCGUCAAGUUUACAGAUGACGCCGGUUCCUUUGAAGAGGGGUUGGAUACAGGUGGGCCAAAACGAGAAUUCCUAACACUUCUCAUGACACACCUCAGAAAUCGCCCCAUCUUUGAUGGACCUCCCGAAAGACGAUAUCUCGUGUACAAUUCCACAGGUGGGUUUAAUAAUAGGACAGAUUGUAUUUUAAAAAUGUAAAGUUUCCAAUCAUUUCAUCAUCAUUUUUUUUUCAAGUGAUGUAGAUGAUAAUCAUGCAUAAUAGUUCUCUACCCUCUGUAACAGCUGUCAGGGAAGACGAGUACUUUCUAGCAGGCAAGAUGAUAGUUGUUUCCAUUAUACACGGGGGACCUGCACCACAUUUCCUCUCAAAGGACUUUGUCAAUCACCUACUAGGGAAGACAACUUUCAACACCACCGUGGAAGAUGUAACCGAUGAGGAAUUACAGAAAGCUCUGCGUCAGGUAGAAAAAGAUCUCAACUCAUGGACUGAAUUUGCUAAGGGGUCACAUGAAAAUUAUUUCAGAAAUUGAGAGUGGACUAUGCUCAAGGUCAUAAGUUAUAUUUGUGUAAAGGGACGGAUUUCUUAUUAUUUCAAUGAGAAGUAAAGGCAUUUAAUCCUAUUGGUAUAAAAUAAUGACAAACAUUUUCAGGAUUGAUAUCUUUGUAUUUUUCUUGCAAUAAUUGUUUUUGAAUAGGUUCAGGAAGCUGAAUCGGAGGAAUCUUUGCAAGAUGUAAUUUUGCAAUACAGCACAAUGUUCCAGACAGCUGGAUGCCUCCGACACACUAAAGUUCAUGAGAGGCAAAUGCUCAUAGAGGACUAUCUGAGGUGGUACAUCCUAGGACGCAACCAGAUUGCCAUUCAAAGGUAAGUUAUCUUAGGCUGCUUUUUUACUAACGAUCGUCAAUAAUAUUGUAGAAAAGUUUUUUUCUUUCCUCAUCAUUUUUUCUCUCCUCCUCUCAUGCUCCUCUCGUCAUCCUCCCCUCCUCUUCUCCUUUCCCCCUCCUACUUCUCUCCUCUCCUUCCCUUCCCUUCUCUCCUCUUCUCCUCUUCCUCUCAUGCUCCUCCUCUCCUUCCCUCCUGAGUGGGUAGCAGCUUUCAAAAGGUUGACAACCCCUGUCUUACACAAUAUUUGUCCUUAAUCGAUUCAAAGAGGGACUGGCAAGUCUGCAGUUUUUGACUGCUCUGCAGCAGCAUUCAGGUGUGCUGGCUCCUGUUCUGUGCCAUUCUUCCAAGGCCCUGACUGCAUCAGAAAUGGAGAGCCUCUUCCAUCCAGACCGCAGCCCAAGAGGCAGCAACAGGUGGCAGAAGGAGAACCAAACAAUGGGAUUUUGGGCUGACUUUCUUCUGGAUUGCGAAGGUUUGUCAAGGCUUUGUUAGAUGUUUAUUAAUUGUAGUGUAGUUAUAUUUAUAAUUAGUAUUUUCUCUGAUCAAAUAUAUGACUAACUAAAAUGUUGACUUUUUUGUCCUUAGAAAAAGUGGCAGCAGUGUACCUCGAAGAUGUGCUCAUGUUUGCCAGUGGCUUAGCAGCGCUUCCACCAGCUGGAAUGACACCCUCUCCAAGUAUAGAGUUUUUAAUCGAUUCUUCUUUUCCAAUGGCGUGCACCUGCACAAACACUCUGAAGCUGCCGCUAUUGGAUACUUACAGAGUGUUUAAGACAAACAUGGAGUUUGGAAUCCAGAAUGCUCCAGGAUUUGGAUGUUUUUAGCUGCCAUAGGAACCUUUCAAGCAUAAAAGCGAUUUGUUUACCUUUGUGAGGGCUUAUGUCUCUGCAGUUAGCUACAUGCAUAGUUUAACGUUCACCUGUGUAAGGGCUUGCAUAUAUUUCAGUCUGUGCAGUUAGCUGUUUGCACAGCUUACCCAUUAUAUUAUCUGGAUCCUUUAUGGUUUUCUUUUGUUUAUUACUGGUUCUUUU